UCCUUAGUUCUUGGAAACCGAAUUUACACAGGACUGGCUUACCUUCUGGAUACCAAUUGUGGCUCUUCAAAGUACUCUUACCGAAUAACUGGAGGCCAAGAUGCUGAUCUGAUGUCUGCCCCAUGGAUGGCAUAUUUGCAUACGAACCCCAGAUUUAUUUGCGGUGGAUCGCUUGGUUUGUCUUGACAGCUGCUCAUUGCUUUAGGGAUCAAACUGCUACAAUAUUUGUUCGACUGGGGGAGAACGAUUCAAGUCGACGCAUUGAUUGCGAUAACUACGAUUGUGCACCGGCACCUACAGAAUACUGGGUGAUGCAAAAGUUCGUACACCCGUACUACAAAACAGCCCACUAUUAUGAUAUAGCUCUGGUUAAACUUAACCAGAACGUUAUAUACUCAGAAAGCAUUCGACCGAUUUGCGUGAUGUUGAACCCCAAAUGGCAAGGAUAUCUGGACUCCAUUCGCUACUUCAUUAUAUCCGGUUGGGGUGCCACGAAUUACACAGAUGUGAGCGAGAAACUGCAGAUUACCAAAGUUCCCCAGAUUGAUCGUCUGACCUGUCGCUCCUGGUACGGCUAUGUCGUCGAUCGUACCCACAUUUGUGCCGGCGAGAGUAAACGUUAUGUGGGCAAGGGCGAUUCUGGUGGACCCCUGGGAAGUAUGGUGAACUAUGGCUUCAGUAGACGUUUCUUUCAGUUCGGCAUCGUAAGCCAUCUGCGAAAACCCUUUCAAGGCGUUUCAGUAUUUACGAAUAUUUUGAGUUACUCGAACUGGAUCUACCAAACUAUUGUUGUCAAUGCCAGCUCUUAAUAAGUGAAAAAAAUGGUUUAAAAACACAACGAAAUAAUAAAAACCACUUUAUAUAUGUAUUAUUUAUGAAUUUGUAUUUUUAAAGCGCACACAACAACUAAAUAAAUGAAUUAAUGAUCAAGUA